GAACACCCCGUGCCUUUCCUGUGCACCUUGUUCUGUGGAAGCAGGCGAUGGCCAGCCGAGAUCUUGAGACUCCCAGCCCACUUUUGCCUCCAUCUCUGUCAAGUGGGUCUGUUGGUUUCAGCCCCCCCCCAGUCCGUGAAGAGAACAGGAACAAAAAUGAGAGUCAUCAUCAAGGGUGGUGUCUGGAAAAACACCGAGGAUGAGAUCCUGAAGGCGGCCGUGAUGAAAUACGGCAAGAACCAGUGGGCCCGUAUCUCGUCGCUGCUGGUUCGAAAGACGCCCAAGCAAUGCAAGGCCCGCUGGUACGAGUGGCUGGAUCCGUCCAUCAAAAAGACUGAGUGGUCCAAGGAAGAAGACGAGAAGCUGCUCCAUCUUGCCAAGCUGAUGCCCACCCAGUGGCGAACCAUUGCUCCGAUCGUCGGCCGCACCCCGGCCCAGUGUCUGGAGCGAUACCAACGCCUGCUGGACGAUGCCGAGGCCAAGGAGGCCGGUGUGGACGAUGUUGGCCCCAGUGGCGAUGACGUUCGUCGCCUCCGAACUGGCGAGAUUGAUCCUGAUCCCGAGACCAAGCCUGCUCGUCCCGACCCUGUUGAUAUGGACGAAGACGAGAAGGAGAUGCUCUCGGAGGCCCGCGCCCGUCUGGCCAACACCCAGGGCAAGAAGGCCAAGAGAAAGGCUCGUGAGAAGCAGCUCGAGGAGGCUCGCCGUCUGGCCUCCCUCCAGAAGCGUCGCGAACUCAAGGCCGCCGGCAUCGAGAUGAAGGUCCGCUCCAAGAAGCGCGGCAUGGACUACAACGCCGAGAUUCCGUUCCACACCAAGGCUCCGGCUGGCUUCUGGGACAUCUCGGACGAAGUCGAUCGUGAAAAGGCCGUCAGCAAAGACAAGUCCAACAUGCUCCUGUCCAAGCUGGAGGGCAAGCGGCGCGCCGAGCAGGAAGAGCACGAUCGCAAGCAGGACGCCAAGAAGCAAAAGCGACUCAAGGAGACUGGCGAGUACGUGCCUCCCCAAGCGAUCCGUGCCGCCAAAGAGCUCCAGCAAAACAGCCAGCGGCGCCCGCUGUCGCUGCCGGCACCGCAGGUCGGCGAGGGCGAGCUCGAGGAGAUCAUCAAGAUCGGCUAUGCCGGAGAGUCGGCCAAGGCCAUCGUCGACACCGACGACUCGGUUGCCUCCAAGACGCUGCUCAACGACUACUCGUCGAUCCGCGCCGGCACCCCGGUGCGCACUCCGCGCAUGACCGCUGCCGUCGAUCCGCUCAAGAUGCAGGCCCGCAAUCUCCGUGCCAUGACCGAGUCGCAGACGCCCCUGCUCGGUGGAGAGCUCGCCUUGGAGGGCAGCCUGUCCUUUGACUCGAUGACUCCCAAGCGCACCACCGUGCAGACUCCCAACCCACUGGCCGCCCACCUCACGCCCCGUGCCGGAGUCUCGAUGACCCCACGCGUGGAAAUGACUCCCGGGGGUGCUGCUGCCGUUGCCAAGACGCCGCUGCGCGACCAGAUGGGCAUCAACACGCCUCUGGGCUCCGAGCAUGGCUUUGGCGACUCGUACGGCGGCAAGGCCCGACAGAACCUCAUCCGCAAGCAGCUUACCGAGCAGUUUGCCAGCCUGCCCAAGCCUAAGAACGACUUUGAGAUUGUCGUGCCCGGCAAGCCCUCCAAGGAAGCGACAGCCGUCAGCACAUCCCAGAGCAAGAUCGACGAGGACGCCUUUGACAUUGCCCAGCGCGAGAAGACCCGCCAAGACGAUGAGCGCGAGCGAGCCCUGCGCGGCCGCUCCAAGCCCGUCCAGCGCGACCUCCCUCGCCCCAACGUCGACCCCAGCCAGCUGCUGCCGUCGCUACACAAGUCCGAUGCCGACCUCUUGGUGUGCGAAGAGAUGAAGCGCAUGAUCAUGUACGACAGCGUCAAUUUCCCGUCCGUCGGCCAGGUCGGCACCAACUUUGCGGCUCCUGCCCUCGAGGUCUUUACCGAGGGCGAGCUGUCGCUUGCAGCCCAGCUGAUCGCAGAGGAGUUUUCCAAAAUCAAGCUGCAGGUCGACGAGCUCAUUGGCCGCAACAACGAGCGCUUCGAGAGCGAGCACGAGCGCAUCUUGGACGACUACAUUCUUGUUCGGCCUGCCCAGGAAGGCUCGAACCCAACGUACCAGAAGAUCGACAGCCUCGCCAGCGAAGGCUUGGUCGCGGCAUAUCAACAUGACUUUAAGAAUGUCCGCCAACUGAUGCAGCACGAAGCCGAGCGAGCACAAAAGAUCGAAAAGAAGCUGGGCGUUGUUCUAGGCGGCUACCAGGCCCGCAGUCUCAAGCUCCGCAAGACCCUGGGCGAGACCUGGAACACACUCGAAGGCGUGCAGAUCGAGCACGAGUCCUUCCUAAAGCUCAAGACCCAUGAGGACAUUGGCGGUCCGCUCCGUGUCGAGCAGCUCCGCGACGAGACCGAGGGCCUGGCCAAGCGCGAGCGUGAGAUGCAAGAGCAGUACCGCAAUCUGCUGCAGGAGCGCGACGAAAUCAUGGCCCUCAUGAAGGACAAGGAACGCCGAGACGUCGAGGAAGAGAGCCGAAAGGAGAAGGAGCGCAUCGACAACCUCAAGGCCGACGACACGAUCUGGGCUGGAUACGAGCAAGAGUAGCCGUCGAUGCCAGUCGCAAGAGCUGGUAGCCCGUCGUAUCUUUGGCCCCACCAGGCGACCGUUCGCACACGAUUCCAAGAAUACGGGAGCACGAGAGCCCGACGGCCACCUGCUGCUCCUCAAUAAAGUACACUCUGCGCAUGGGAAAUCUGAGC